AUGGCUCCAAUUACCAAAACACAUAGUGAUUUAAAGAAAAAUCAAUCAAGAAUAACAAUGCUUUUAAAGGCAGCAAACACAAUAGCAUUCAAGAAACAAGAGACAAGAAAAGAACCAUUUCAAAAGGGUGAUGAAGUUGAAGUAGCAAGUCAUGAAUAUGGCUUUAUUGGUUCUUACUACACAGCAACUAUUGUUUCUUCUGUUGGUGCUUAUCAUUACAAAGUCAAGUACAAGACUCUGUUAACUGAUGAUAAUUCUGCGCCAUUAGAGGAGAUUGUCACUGUCGGCGAAGUCCGCCCUGUACCACCUGAAGAAGAAGAAAAUUUGCCAGAAAACAAGUUUCGUUUGUAUAAUAUGGUUGAUGCAUUUGAUAAUGAUGGUUGGUGGUUUGGAUUUAUAACUGGAAAAAUUGGAGAAAAUUGUUAUGUCUAUUUCCCUACAACUGCAGAUAAAGUUGCAUAUCCUCCUGAAGUUUUGAGAUUUCAUCAAGAAUGGUCUAAUGGCAAGUGGAAAAAGGAAGGAGUUUUUGACUUAUACUGA